AGCCUCAACUCAAAUGUCAUUUAACUGUGAGCCGAAGAAGUGGGCGAGAGAAAAGUGCAAAAGUUCUAUUUAUAAAUAAUCACAAAAAGAAAAACAAAUAAAUAGAUUUGAAUUUGUUAAUAUUUAGUUUUUUAAUCAUUCAACCGGAAAGAUAACACACUCGGAGAAGAAACAGGAACAACACUCCCUAGCCUCUGUUGCCUAUCAAUCCAUAUCGAUGGAAAGAAACCAUGAAAUCUAUUCUUUGCGUGAAUGGGCUCCGUUGACGGAAAUAAUCGAAAAAAUCCCCCAUCGCAUACAAAAGGGUUUAUUUCCUGUCGAUUUGGGAAUCACUUGUAUUGAUGUGGUUCCAGAAUUUAUAGCCCUCGGUAGCGAUGCUGGAAUUGUCUUCUGGUAUAAUCGAUUUAACGGUGAAGUGCAGAAACUUCGUUCGGAGGUGUCUUCACCGAUAACAUGUGUUAAGAUUGUUUCCUCUGUGGAAUAUAUGGUAGCUGCUGGUAAUUCCAGUGGUCAAGUGAGUGUCUUUCAGAUUCAGAAGGAACUACCGGCAGAUCUGGAUCUGGUGGCUCCUUUCACCAAAGCCAAACCCGUCGAACGUUAUACAAUUCGUGAUUUACAUAAUUGCUCCAUAACUUGCUGUGAAUGGUCCAAGAAUGGAAUGAAACUCUACUCGGGCAAUAAACAGGGAGUCAUUGUGCUCACAGAAUUCGACUAUCAAAAUCAUUUGAGUAAAUCCGUCGAGAUCCUUAAUGAAGCCUAUGAAAUCGUCCAACUAAGUAUCCAUCAGUCCUACUUGCUCGUAUCAACUCUCUACCGAUCGAUAAUAUGCCAGAGGAAUUCCAAAACAAAUCAAUGGCAACUGUCGCAAGUUGGCAAGAAGGACCGCAAAACUCUGGCUGACAUCGGUGGAAAAAUAUACAGAAAAGACUCGGCAAGCGUCCAAUUGAUAUGUGGCCGACCCGGCCUGAGACUCUGGUUGGCCGACGUUGAUGGAAAUGUUGAGAAAACUCUGCUUUUUAGAGAUGCACUGAGCAAAGUCAAUGCAGCAUGGGAAAUUCCUAUUUUAAAUCCCUGCCGUAGUGUUACUAGUUCGAUGACGAAUUUUCGAUCGAUUGAUAUUUAUCUCAACAAAUAUGUUGUGACUCACGAUGAGACGAUGUUGUAUAUUUUGAAUUUGGAACAGUUGAAAGUAGAAGCUGUAGCAACGGGAUUUCGGAGGAUUAUUGACUUUUGCAUCAGCAAUAAGGAAAUAUUCGUAUUGGAAGGACCUAGGAGUUUGUUGAGACUGGCUCCGUGCCCAGAACCGCCAAGCAAAACAGCAAAAAUUAUCUUCAAUCCACUACUGCCUCCGCCCGUUCCAGUGUUGGGAGCCUCCCUCUUCGAAUCACCUAUCGAAUAUGAAGCCGAAGAUGAAGCGGUUAUCAAUGCCGAAGAAUGCUUCGAAUUGCCACCAAUCGAAGAAAUUAACUUAGACAUUCCUAUAGAAUUGGCUGUUGAAUCACCACGUGCCGAACAAUCUCGUCGCAUGGAAAUCCUAAGUCAAAUUGGUGAAACCGAAUUUGAAGAAUCCAUACUCCAUCAUCGAGGAGUAAAUAGUAAUAAAAAAGAAGAACGACCGAAAAAAAAGAAAAAGCAAAAACCCGAUGGAAUUGUUGAGAUAGGUCAAGCUAUAGCCGAAAAAACAUCAGUCGAAAAACCCGAAAAACCCAAAACACUGGAAUUCACAGCCAAACCAACUGUAAUGGAUGCCAGUUUCUGUACAGAUCCAAGUUCUUCUUGCAUUCCUUCCUCUUCGAAGCCAUAUUCCGCUUUACCAACAUCCAUUAAAAAUUUCCUUCCCGAAGCCCUAACACCCAAUUCUCUACAGCAAGCAAUCGAAGUUAAAGGCAAAGCUCUAGCUGAAAAACUCCAAUUGGAACCAGUUGAAUUAUCCGAAAUCUCCGAAGAAGAAAUCAAACAGUCGCAGUCAGAACUUCAAUCACAAAUGAAAUCACAACUGCAUUCCACAACGUGGCAAUAUCCUUUAAAACAAUAUCCCAUAACGCAGCUUGAAGAUGCUGAAGUACAGACGACACCACGUAAGAAGAUUCAUUUCAUUAACGACGAUGAUGAUGAUCAGGAUGAGUGUGACUCAGUAAUGACGUUACAAAAUCACCAGCCGGCGCCACAGCAACAUAAACAUUUACAGUUCAUUCCAACACAGCCAAUCGGUGAUAUUGAGCCCAAUGAAAUGAUGCCAACAGUCGUUAAGAUGCCUGAUAGUAUGCAAAUUCCUUCGUUGUGGAAUAUAUCAGUAGAAACUAUUGCCGCUGGUGGAGGACGUUCAAGUCCUGGUACUGCAAGUUCACACACAUCCAGCGAAUGGGAGUUUUUAGAUAAUUAACAUUAAACUAAAAUUCUAGAUUUUAUUCUUCUCUCAUAUCGAAUCUGGGCAACUGACAAAAUGCCGUUUUCUUAACAUUUUUGUCAUAGUUAAUGCAGUUAACGCGCUUUAAAUGGUAUUUCGUCAGUUGUGCAGAUUUAGAAGUAGUCUAGGCUGUUGUUGUUUUGCUGCUAGCGAAUUAGGGGAAUAUAAUUUUAAUGUAAACAAAUUAAAAAAAGAAGUAUACAAAUUAAGUACAGAAUUCGUUUGCAGCAAAACCUCAGCUGUUCCAAAAGAACAUAUUCAUUUAUUUGAUUGUCGAUAAAGCGAGUAUAUACUCAGUAAUUAAGAAGGAUAACAGAAAAGAUAUAAUAUAUCUGCCUUGUAGGAUUUUUUAUAAAAUGUCGUAAUGAGUUUUGGUGGAUUCUGUUCUGUGUUCCAAUUUGAAUAAUUCUUAUAAAGUGAUUCUAAGGAUCGUAUUUCAAAUUUUCAAAAUAUGUAUUCCUAGUAUUAGAUAGAUUGUUAGGGAUUAUAUUAUUAUACUAUAAUGUACUCGAAAAUCUGUAAUUUAGUUUUUAAAAUUAUAAUUAUGCUAAUGUUUCAUCACAGAUACCAAAAGCAUAGGAAACAAUGAAAAUCAAUACGAAUUUAAAUUUUGGGAAUAAUUUAUGUACAUUUCUUUUGUGUUUAGUACAAAUUUCUGUUUUGCAUUUAAGAAUAAUUUAUUUUUUAAGUAUAAGUCUUUUAUUUGGUUUUUAAAUUAACGUGAUAUAUUCAAGUUGAAACAUAGACAUUUUUUACAAGCCUACCACUCGUUGCGAUAUUUUUAUCUUGGCUUUUUAGCAAAUUUAAAAAAGGAAACUUUUCAAUAUUGUGAUGCACUUAUGUAUAAUUCAAAUAUUUACUUUUUGUUUAUAUAUUUCUUUUUUUUUUUUAAUAAACAUUCUUUUGAAUUUAUUUUUAAUAAUCUAUAUAAAAAAAAUAUAAUGUGUGUGACUUGUGUAAAAUGUAUGUAUAUUAUAAAUAUGUGUAUAAUUCAGUCAAUAAAUGACCUUUUAAACGAGUUAAUAGAAGGUCACAAUAUCAAGUUAGGUAAUUUUUCGGAUCAGUUAAUAAGGAGGAAUAUGAAUUAAAGCUCGUUAUUUAAGUAUAGUGUUUUGGUCUUAGUCAAAAAAAUGUAUUAAAUAUGUAUUGAACUUAAUUCGUCUUUAUUUAUAACAAGGACAAAUAUAAAAUUUUGUAUUCAGUGUAUCAGGGUAAAACUUAAAGAAUAUCCCUAAAUUUUGUUUUUCACUACUAACUUAUUUCCUUUGCAAUCGUUCUUAAGUCUUAAAAUAUUUUAAUUUAAAUCAAAGUACCAAAAUGCAACAUAGUUCUAAAUUAUCUUUUAUUAAAAACAAAUUUCACAAAAAAAAAAACAAAAUUCACAUCGAAGUUAAACUCUUUAUAUACUUGAUUGGAAGAUCCGUAGUCUUUGAUAGCCUUUAAACUGUUUGUCAAAGACCUAACCAAAUUAUGACAAUAAGAGGGAAAUAUUGGUCGCAUUCACAAAGAUAGUGGCUACGUAGUCAAGGGAUUCUGAUUGGCUAAAUCUAACUUCAAAAUAGUUGAAAUUUUCCAUCCGACGUAGUGUAAAAAAAUCGGCUACAAAGUUAGUAGAGAAUG